GUAUUGUUUACAUCGUACUUCUAAUUUUUUACGUAAAUAAUCAAGAGAUAAAACUUACGUUAAGUCGAUCGAUAUUGACAAGUGAUUGGCACAUAAUAAAAAACGCAACAUGUCAAAUUUAAUACACAUGCCAUUAUCAGAAUCUGAAAAUGUAACUACAUUGGAAUGGACGCGUCCUGAUCAAGUGAUGCAAUUACAUCGUAUGAAAUUAAAAAAGCGUGCACUUCAAGCGCGUAUAAAUAAAACGAAUAUUAACACUGGCACUCAACAAACGACUACGAAUUUAGAUGAACUUAACUCUUGUAGUAAUGUACUGCAACGUAUAUCUUACUGCCAAAAGCGUAAGAAUCCUUUUGCAAUCAGUGAAACGUGUAAGAAACAAAAAAAUAUAACGUCUGGAUUAGACAUCAGUAACGACAAUACAUUGUUCGAAUUACUAAAUAUUGAUGAUCGAAGAAAGAAACCAACGGCAGAAGAUUCAGCUAUAAAAAAUUCUUUAACUUUUGGUAAUGUACUUUCAAAAUUUGAAUCAAUUAAUCAGAUUCCAGAAAUAAAUCUCUCAAAGGGUGCAAAGCAUGUUCCUAUAGACUGGACAUUGAAAACUAAAAUGAGGUUUAUGUCUUUGAAGCCUUUUCCAUGGAAUUGCAAACUCAAAACGAGCGAAGAGGCAUCAGGUACUACAGGAUUUGUAAGAUGUUUAAAUAUCGGAGAAAAAGAGACAACUUUGGAUACUAGUCCAAAUGCAAGAUUUCAUCAGUGUUGUUUAAUAUGGCAACAUCCAUCUAUACCAUGGUUAGAAUUAUUCCCUCGCUCUGCUAACAAAGUGAGUGCAUCUCUCGCAAAUAAUACAUUGGCAGUAAAUAACCAAAAUAUGAAAGAUGCAUUAUACCGAGAAUGGUGUGAUAGCUUCAGAUCUCUAUUUCACUUAUUGCGAGCGAGGCAAUGUCCAUACUUUUACGUGUGUGCGAACACAUUUACAGUGCUCUUUCGUGCUGCUGGCAUCUGCGGAUUGUCGGAGAUUCAUGCACUUGUUACACCCACAACACGUGGAUUCCGGCAGUCAUUAAAACAAGAAGAAAUAGAAUAUUCUAUGCCUUUAAGGAAAGACUCCAAAAGACGAUCUGAUACAGCAGAUUCUGAUUCUAAAACUGUAGAUGCUGUGUCUACUAAGGAUUGUCAACACGAGAGUGACUAUUAUGAGAAAGAAAAAGAAGAUGAUGAUGAUGAAACUCAAGACGCAUGGCUCGAAAGUCUUGGUGUAGAAAAUUCAGAAAUAAAGAAAAUUAAUCACUCACAGGCGAGAAUGACUUUGGAAAAAGAAAGCGAAGUAGAUAACUUGAGACAAUCCCUUGUGUUCGUAACAGGUGUGGAAACGCAAGCGUUAUUUAAUUUUUUAAUUAAUUGUAAAUCAGCUAUCGCGGCGACCGGUGUGUUAGCGGGUGUUCCUCCUACGCUUUUGGCUCCAACAGCUUUUCAUGGUGCUACAUUAAAACCGCUCAAGGUUCGAGAAAGCAUAGUGCAUGAUAAUAACGAUAGAUAUUAUUCUCUCGAAUUGAGAGGACCUCUUUUGCCCCAUGUAUUGCCUUCUCUCUGUCAUUUGAUGAAAUCCAGUCAAUUAGAGCAGUAUUCGGUAAGCUGUGCGCAAUUGGCCUCAACAACUUCAUUUUCCGCAGCAAGACAUGGCAUCGCGAUUGCUACGAGAGCAGAUGACAGUAUCACAAAAGUAUCGUCUAAUGUUUUUGGGCAAGAAAAUUUAAGCGAUUGUGGAUUCAACGAAGAAUUAUUGAGCCAUUUUUGCAAUUCUGACCCGACUACAAUAGAAGUUUUAGAUAGUUUCAAGUUUUUUAAUGGAUUAUAUACAUGGUCGUGAUCAUAUAAAUGUAUAGUUUAAAAAUAAAUGUAGUAUUUCUAAGUACAGAUUUUGUACUCAUAAAAAUUAGUUUUAAAUAAACGCAACCGAUUUUUUGUCCUAAACAUUAGGGCAAUUACAUUGCUGACGAU